AUGAAUCGCUUCAGGCAGAAGGUUCACGAACAGCUGUCGCGCACGAAAGACCCUAACAAAACGUCUAAAUCUAAAAGCAAGGAGUCGAAAGAUGGCACCUCGUCGCCUUCACAAUCCGGCGCGUCGCGGGAUUCUGGUCAAUCACCCGUCGCGACGCCAUCCUCUUCAACCACGACCCUUAACGACCCUCGAAACAAGCCACUACCGCCAAAUGAUGGUGGUCCUCCAAAUUCGGUUUCCAGUCCCAGUUCGCAGCCACAACCAGCGUCGAUGGGCACGUUGAAUUCAGGCCACAACACGCUGUCCGCCCCAGAUCGCUUCAACGCGGUGACCGGCCCAUCACCAAGUGCUGGUGGUCCAGGAACCCCUGGCCGGCAACUGCCCCCUAGUGUUAUUAUUAGCCCCAGUGCGCCUCAUGUCCCUCCUCCUGGCGCGGCAGAGACGAUGCCUCAUGAUCUUGCUCCUCCGAAGGCGGGACAAAAAUCCCUCAUGUUUCAUGGCUUGCAAACAACCCCGAAAGAUGUCCCAGAAGGGCUCAGAACACCAAAGCGACAGCAUUCAUCAAGAUUUGAUAUAUCCCCGCAACGCGAGCUUGAGAAACUUCCUGGUUUCCACGAGGUUCCUCCAAAUCGCCGGCAGGAGCUUUUUAUGCAGAAGAUCGAUCAAUGCAAUGUUAUUUUUGACUUCAACGACGCCAGCGCUGAUAUGAAAUCCAAGGAGAUCAAGCGACUAGCGUUGCACGAACUGCUAGACUAUGUCGCGAACAAUAGACAAGUCAUCACAGAAGCCAUGUAUCCUAGAGUGGUAGACAUGUUCAGCAAGAAUCUCUUCCGGCCCAUCCCACCGCCCAUGAACCCCCAAGGGGAAGCUUUUGAUCCAGAAGAAGACGAGCCGGUCCUUGAAGUUGCCUGGCCUCAUAUCCAGGUGGUUUACGAGUUCUUCCUUCGGUUUAUCGAGAGCCAGGAUUUCAAUACCAAUAUCGCCAAGGCAUAUAUAGACCACAGCUUUGUCUUGCAACUUCUCGAGCUAUUCGAUUCAGAAGAUCCCCGAGAGCGUGACUUCCUGAAGACAACCUUGCACCGAAUAUAUGGGAAGUUCUUAAAUUUGCGGUCCUACAUCCGAAGAUCCAUCAACAACGUGUUUUUCCACUUUGCUUAUGAGACGGAGCGGUUCAAUGGCAUCGCGGAGCUGUUGGAAAUUUUGGGGUCUAUCAUCAACGGGUUUGCCUUGCCACUCAAGGAGGAGCACAAACUUUUCUUGACUCGCGUUUUGAUGCCUAUGCACAAAGUGAAGAGCCUGAGCAUGUAUCACCCUCAGCUCGCCUAUUGUAUCGUGCAGUUCUUGGAGAAGGACGCAGCGCUGACGGAAGAGGUCGUCCUCGGCCUCCUCCGAUACUGGCCGAAGGUCAAUAGCACCAAGGAGGUUAUGUUCUUGAAUGAAGUUGAGGAUAUCUUUGAGGUUAUGGACCCUGCAGAGUUUGCCAAGGUUCAAGAGCCCCUGUUCCACCAGCUCGCGAAGUCCGUCGCCAGCCCGCAUUUCCAGGUUGCAGAGCGCGCUCUGUACUUCUGGAACAACGAAUAUUUCUGCAACCUCGUCAGCGAUAACGUAGAGAUCAUCCUCCCUAUUAUGUUCGCACCUCUUUAUGAGAACUCGAAGGGUCACUGGAACAGGACGAUUCACGGCAUGGUCUACAAUGCUAUGAAGCUCUUCAUGGAGAUCAAUCCCCAGCUCUUCGAUGACUGCUCGCAUGAUUACACGGAGCACCAGAACAAUGCAGAAGCUCGCGAGAAGGCCCGAGACAACAAGUGGAAAGCGCUCCAAGAGCAAGCCAACCGCUCAAAGACCAAUGGUUCCAUCCGAUCCGGAACCGCCUCGUCGCCAUCGCGAAAUAAGGCCUCCACCCCACUACGGGUUGAUCAGGUUGACCCCAUUACCGAGGACAACCAAAAGCGACUGGACUCUCUCAAGCUUCAAGAUGCAGAUCGGAGAGAAAGAAGACCCGCUCACGAUAGACAAAACUCGAAACUAAGCUCGGGUCCCAGAAGCUUGAAAAGCAAUCGCGAUCGGUCUGGGAGUGCUUCUCCGUCGCCUGUCCCGGCAUUCAGCCCAUCGGAAGGGGAUUAUGGGUUAACGCAGACAUUGACGGAUGAGCAAGCAAGCCACCUUUCCUGA